AUGGCGUCCGAGAACGACUACUACUCCGACGACCUCGAAGGCGACGAGGGGUUCAUAACCGACGUCAGCGAAGAUGGAUGCGAGAGUGAUCGGGGCGAUCCAAGCCAUGACAUCGAUGACGACGCCGAUGAGCCGGACAAAGAGGAGAUCCGCGAUGCCGCCAGGGAUCUCUGCAUGCAGAUCGGCCAAUACGACUACGGGGACGAGGUCGAGAGCCACGAACAGGACAAGGUCUACACCCGAUGGAAGCGUGGAGCACGCGCGCUUGGCGCCUUGCGUUCGCUUCGUAAGCUCUGGAAACUCGAUGACGACGAUCCGACCAGAAAGGUGGCGCGUGCCUUUGCAGACAACGAGGUGCUCGAAAACUUCAUCCUGCCUGCUCUGCUCGAGAGCGCCGGUCAAGGAAGAGAAGGUGAUGCCAUCGCACUGGCAUGUACCGACCUACUCACCGCAAUGACUUGGCCUUUUGAUGGAGUGGCAGAGCUCCGCGAACAGGAAAAGCAAGGCUUCGAAUCCGACGAGCUCCGCGAGAUCACCAAACUCGACCAGCACCUGAUUGCCUACAAAUCCGUCAUCCUUCGCAGCCAGUCUCUUGACAAGCAGCACGACGUGCUCGGCGUCGUCAUGCGCUACCUCUUGCUUCCCAACUUGGCCACAAAACAACACCAGAGAUCGAGUCUCGUCACCGGCAUCAUUGGAAUGUGCCUGCAUUUGUUCCGUAACUUACUUGCCAUCCGCGAUCCCAUCACCACCAGUCUCAGCAGCGUCGAGCAGCUGUCCAAUGCCAACUUGCAGAGCAAGCUCAUCCUGUCGAUGCACAAGCAUCAUAUUCUCGACACACUGCUCAUGCUGGCCAGCAGCGCAGAGACGCCCAACUUCAACGCGUGGAAUGCCAUCACAUCCGAAUGCAUCUUUCACAUCUUUGUCGGCACCAAAGUAAAGGAGAUCGCCGAGGUCGCACCUGGCUCUACUUCGAGAUCAGCUUCCGAUCCCAUUGCAAAUGGAAGCGGAACAAGUGCAGUGGGCUCUUCAUCAAAAACAGUCCCCCACACCGCGAGACCGAGCUCCGCGCUGGCUGAUAGUCUGGCAACAGAGGUAAAGAUGAAACGUGCAUCAGCCUCGGGGACGGUACCGACGCGUCACUCGCGCUUCGGUACCACGAUCAACUUCGUCGGGCCGGAUGGCGAGCGUCGCGUUGCCCGAAACCAGUCCGCAUUGGUCAAGUCGGUCGCACAGCUGGCAGACGAGGCGAUGCACAAAGGCAGACGGCGUGCUCAAAGGCGCAAGGAUGCGCAAGAGAGGGGCGCACCCAAACUCAAGUCCGACUGGACCGCUGAUGCUGCUCUUACCUUGCAAGGUUGGGCCGACACCUUUGUCCAGUCCGGAUUUGAGCCUUUGGCCAAGUCGAUUCUGAAGGAUAUUCGAUCGGAGCGCGACAAGCUUGGCGACUUGGACGUAGCUCGCGUCCGCAUUAUGCAACUCGGUGCCUUCUUCCUCGAGUACUUCCUUUCGCGUCGCGCUACUGCUGCAACGCGUCGCAAGGUUGCCAAGACAACAGCAAUCGCCCAGCCAGCCCCCACUCAAGAAACUCUGGCUCUUCUCGACCCAGAUCAGCAAGAAGCGGUAAAGGCACGAGGCGAAGGGACGUACGAAGGGGCAGAGGAGGAGUGGCCGUUUGAGCUCGUCAGUCAAUGGCUUGAGCCGUGGGCUUUCCGCAUGGUGCUCGUGCGCACAAUCCAGGCGCAAGAGUCGAAAUCCUGGCUCGAAUUUGUUGCCUCUGUUCAGCUUUGGAUCGUGCUGCUUCGGCUUGUCGACGAGCUUGCUGGCAGCAAAACGGAGACGGAAAGGGACGUUGCCGAGGGUCUGCAAGCUGAAUUCUAUUACAUGGGCGAGACACUGGAUGCGUGUCAUGCCAUAGUGCGCUCCUACACCACGCAGAGCUUCGCCUUCCUCGACACAAUCAUCAACUUCGCGUAUGUCAUGCCCAAGAUGCUCGAGCGCUACGCAUCUAAUCGAGACCACAUGUACGUGCAGGCUAAGAAGCAGGUGCGCCGCUCUCGACAAGACGGUGAUCUGGACGCCGACGAAGACGAAGCAAGACAGAUCAAGGAGCAGCUUCAGGAGACACGAUCGGAGCGCGAGUUCCGCUUUGCCGACUUCCAGCGCAAGCUCGCCACCAAGCAGCUGACCAAGGCUUGUAUCGACUACUUGGGGCGCUGGCAGGACUAUGGCAACGUGGAAGACCAACUGAACAAGCUCGUGACGGUGAUGCAUCGAAUCGCGAUCAAGGCCAACGACUACCGGCAAUUCUUCCUUGCCGGCCACCGAGCAGCUCUGCGGAAAGUCAUCAGCGGCGACGCGAUCAGGAUCCUCGAAGCACGUGCACCUACGUCGGCGCCGAAUCUUAAGAAGCUGAUGGACUACAUUUUGCGCAAGUUUAGCAAGUUGAGUCCUGAAGAGCAGUCGAUCUACGACACGGGUAAACGGCCUCCUCGUCAGCCAAAGCCACCGAGGAUGCCUGCCGAGAUCGCCGUGCGUCCUGGCAUGGCUCCAGACGAAGAAAUCGGAGUCGCGGUUGGGUUGUUACUCAAGAAGGAAAAGAUGCAGGCUGUGCUGUGGGUCAAAUCGGCGUUGGAGAUGGCGAGCGCCAUGCGCACUGAGCUCGUUGCACGACACGAAGAGGAAGAGGCGCAGCGCCAGGCAGAAUCGUCCACCUCUAUCCUCGAUGAGAACGGUGCUGGCGGCAGCGACGCGAUGCUGCUCGGCGAGCUACAAAAGCAGAACGAGUCAUCCACCGAGCGUUUCCAGCCUUACGAACUCGCCUACCGCGGCAAUGACGAGCUUCGCACGGAUGCAUCGUUGCUACCGGAGCUCAAGUUGCUGUGCCGACUCGCGGGCCUCGAGGCGAACAACGACGAGCUGGUGCAUUGGAAGUGGACGGUGCCCAAGGAGAUCCUGCCGGACCACCUCAAAGAAAAGAUCGAAGCCAUCGAGCGAUUCAUCCGAGAGCCGCUAGACACGCACGGUCGAGAGUUGACAGCGCUCGUGAUGCGUGUGCGCAAGGCACGAGUCGGCGGAGAAGGAGACGGUGAAGUGAUCAAUCCUGCUGAUCUUCCCGAUGGCUGGAACGGCGGACUGAGCGAUUCGGACGACGACGGCGACUACUUUGACCGUGUUCGUGCCAAUCGAAACCUCGUUAGCGGCGACGACGCCGCGGCUGAUGGCGGACUGCUCGGAAGCAGCGGAAACAAGAGGAGAUCCAAGCCCACUGCCAAGCGCGGCGGCUCACGCAAGCAAAACAGACGUACGGAGCAAGACUUUAUCAAUGACAGCGACGACGAGUUUGCUUUCGCCAUGGGCGAAUUUCAGAACACCCAAGCGCAGCAGCCGGACGCUGACGCAGACAGCUCUAGCGACGAGCACCGAGACGAGAUGGACGACCGAGACACUCCACCAACGAGCUCGGUUGUCGACGACGCACAAGAGCAGGCUGGCAAUGGAAAGUAUUCUGCGCUUCAGGCUCUGCGCACUGCCAAACAGAAUCGCGGCAAGACGAUGACAGAGCCUCUGCAGGACGCGAGCCAGCGCACAAACCGACGAGUGGACUCCAAGCGGCUUUUCCUUGCCGACAGUGACGAGGACGAAGAUGACGUGCUGUCGUUACCGUCGCAGGAGUUGGCAGAAACAACGACCGAAGCCGAUAGCAGGAUCUCGAGUCGGGUGUCUGCAAAGAAGCGCAGACUGGCGAUCUUCGACAACGAGGACGAAGACGAAGAGUGA